CAACCCGCUGCUUUUACUAAUAAUGAUGAAUACAGUCCACGGCGUCUCUCCGGGCUGUACUACCCGUCCGUUUUGAAGGCCAGCAAACAUUAUAUCACUGGAUGUAUGGAAUGGAAAGCACGGACUUGUAAAUUACUGACAUUAUUAACCGUGGUUAUCUAUCAGUGUUAUUGUGUAGAAAUAUGUGAUGAGAUCAGUAAAGUACCAGGCACAGAUGAUGAAUAUGAAAAGAUUUGCGUAGACCCAGAUUAUGUUGAUGACAUUGAUCAGGAUGAUUUAUGUAAACAUAAU